ACUAAUAAGUACUUUUCUGUGUAAGAUCGGAAUUAUUGGUGGAACUGGCCUGGAUGAUCCGGAUAUCUUAGAAGGAAGAACAGAAAAAUAUGUUGAUACUCCUUACGGCAAGCCAUCAGAUGCUUUGAUAUUGGGAAAGAUAAAAAAUGUGGACUGUGUGCUGUUGGCAAGACAUGGAAGACAUCAUACCAUUAUGCCAUCAAACGUCAAUUACCGUGCCAAUAUCUGGGCAUUAAAAGAAGAAAAUUGUUCGCACGUAUUAGUGACUACUGCCUGUGGUUCAUUGCGGGAGGAAAUACAACCUGGUGAUCUUGUCAUAAUUGACCAGUUCAUUGACAGGACAACUAAAAGACAUUGUACUUUAUACGAUGGGCAGCAUUCCACUCUUUCAGGAGUAUGUCAUAUUCCAAUGGCAGAGCCAUUCUGCACCAAAACCAGAGAGGUUCUUAUUGAGACUGCCAAGAAGAUUGGGCUCCAGUGUCAUUCCAAGGGGACAAUGAUCACAAUAGAGGGCCCGCGUUUCAGUUCUCGAGCAGAAAGCUUGAUGUUUCGCGGUUGGGGAGCUGAUGUUAUCAACAUGACCACAGUGCCUGAAGUGAUUCUUGCAAAAGAAGCUGGAAUGAGUUAUGCUAGUAUUGCCAUGGCAACAGAUUACGACUGCUGGAAGGAACAUGAAGAAGCAGUUUCAGUGGACAAAGUUUUAAAGACGCUGAAAGGGAAUGCAAAUAAGGCUACUAGCAUACUCCUUACUGCUAUACCUCAGAUAGGUUCCAUGGAAUGGACUGACACCAUGCACACCCUGAAAACAACAGUGCAGUGUUCGGUCGUCCUGCCAAAGCAGUAACAACCUGGAAGGACCUUGAAGUUUG